GCUAUAUUCAUGCAGAGACAUUUUCACUUACACAACCGCCCAUGGUUUGUUUCCUCUAUCUAUAAUAUCUCUAUGGAUGAUACUCCUUACCUCACCCUCCAUAGCAUAUAUGCAUAUACAUACGAAUACAUAUAUACGAAUGUCAAAGCGGACAUGGCGAACUUUAGCGAGAAGAACUCACACGAAAUGACAGAAAAUAAUAUUCAACAACGUUGUAAUAUACAAUGGGUGAAAUUAAAUGUGGGCGGAACAUAUUUCUUAACUUCAAAAACUACGUUGGGUCGGGACCCUAACUCAUUUCUUUAUCGACUUUGUCAAGAAGAUUCGGAUCUUAUAUCGGACAGGGAUGAAACUGGUGCUUACUUAAUAGACCGUGAUCCAACAUAUUUUAGUCCUAUCUUAAAUUAUUUACGACAUGGUAAAUUGGUUAUCAAUAAGGACUUAACUGAAGAAGGUGUAUUAGAAGAGGCAGAAUUUUAUAAUAUUACAGAACUAAUUCGGCUAGUUAAAGAACGCAUUGUAAUGCGAGAUACAAAACCUUUAAAAGAUUCGAAGAAAUAUGUUUAUAGAGUAUUGCAAAGUCAUGAAGAUGAAAUAACACAGAUGAUGUCAACAUUGUCCGAUGGGUGGAAAUUUGAACAGCUAAUCAAUCUCAACACCACAUAUAAUUAUGGAAAUCACAAUGCUGAACUCCUAGUUGUGGUGAGUCGUGAAAAUGGACCAAGUCAAAUCAAUAGUAAGGAACAGAAAUCUACUGAUCGUGUUAAGGUCUUACAACAGAAGGGAUCACGCAUGUAAUCUAAAUCCGUCCCUUAUCCCUUCUUGCCUCCUUUAAUUAGAUCAACUGUGCAGCAAGAAGACGAAGACUGUAUCGGUUUUUUUUUUUUUUAGUUAAUAGUUUAUUUUUUAAGAUUUAUACGGUCUCCAUUUGCAA